AUGGAUACGGACGAACCUAGAGAGAAGGGCUGCAGACGGUCGGCCAGGAUCUGUCUCAAAUAUACGCUCAUAUUUAUGAACAUCCCCAUUGUCAUUGUGGGAGCUGUCUCACUUGGCAUCGGACUCUGGGUCAUGUUGGGAGACAAUUCCUUCUUUGACCUCACAGCAGAUAUACUUGAACUGGAAGUUCUAGGUCAGGAUAUCCUGCGACAGGGCGCUAUUGUCAUGGUGGCCGCGGGGUCAGCAAUGAUGGCUCUUGCUGGUCUAGGAGUGGUUGGUGCUAUGGCGAUGAAUUCAUGCAUCCUUGUCUUUUAUAUCGUGCCACUGGUUGUGCUGUUAACCUUAGAGGUUGCUGUCAUAGUUCUUGCUGUUGUCUUUAAAUCUGAG